AUGCGUUUGAAUAGUCCCAUUGCUGCAUUUGCCACUUUCGGCUCUUUGGUUUGGGCUCUACCUACGGAGGAUGCUAGCAACACUCCUAAGACAUUGCGAGAUGUGAUUGUCUUCCCCAACAACACCUGGGUAGAGAAUAUUGCUGUGCGAUCAAACGGAAAAUUACUUGUUACUCUGUUGAACAUACCCGAAGUCUGGGAGGUUGAGCCACUCUCUGGGUCUGCUGAGCUCGCAUACUCAUUCCCCAACGCCAACGCAUGUCUAGGGAUUACAGAGGUGGGGCACGACAUCUUUGCUGUUAAUGUUGGAAAUUUGUCUGCGCCUGCUACGGGUGCACCUGGCAGUUGGAGCGUAUGGACACUAGACUACAAUACGGCAAAUUCCAGCUCUAACAGGCCAACACCAAAGGAAAUUACUGCUAUUCCACCGGCAGUCUUCUUAAAUAGCCUUGCCAGCCUACCCACCAAGCCUGGUGUUGUCCUGGCAGGCGACUCUUUCCUCGGUCAAAUCUUUGCGGUAGACACCACUGAUGGCCAUUACAACGUCGCCAUAGAUGUGCCAGAGUUCAAGCCUAACGCAACUGCCGCUAUCCAGUUUGGUGUCAAUGGCAUCAAAAUCCACGACGGACAUUUAUAUUUCACUAAUUCUUUGAAGUCACCUCUUCUUGCCAGCAUACCAUUGUCCACCAAUGGGACCGCUUCCGGACCCGUGAAGACCAUUGCGAAGAGUGCACAAUACCCGGUUAAUUCGGGAUUUCAAGCAGAUGAUUUCGCACUGGAUGCUACGGCCGAAUAUGCAUGGGUUGCAACUAAUCUUUCCAACUUGAUUGUUCGAAUUACCAUAGCUACGGGAAAGCAGCAGGUUGUAGCUGGCGAGAGUUCAGAUCCUGUGGUUGCGGGUGCAACUAGUGCUGCUUUUGGAAGAAAUUGGUACAAUAGGCAUAUACUAUAUAUUGUUACAGAUGGUGGAUUAGGUGACCCAAGUUCUGCUGGAGUUACAGGUGGCAAGAUUGUAGCCCUUGAUACUACCAAAUUAUAA